AUUUGUGUCAACUUAAAAUCAUCCUAAAAAUGUCAGGAAAUAAUCAAGGAUCUGGAGACAACUCAGAAACAAACGAUGAUCAAAAUUUUAGACAAUUUAUUACCCAAAUUAAUGCACACUCAACAGAAUUCAAUGAGUUCGACGAACCAGAUGAAUCAAUUUUCGAGAGAAUCUCAGCACUUAAAGAAAUGUUUCCCGAGAUCUUGGUUGAUAAUGUUGGAUCAGUCAUAUCGACAGCAUUUGAUAUCGUUUGUGAAGCUACAUGGAUCUUAUUCUCAUCUGGAAUAAUCUUGCUUGGACCAAUUAUCUUUGAGCAUGAACGAAUGAGGCUCACUGAAAGUCUUAAUGAUGAUGAUGAAGAACAGAAAUCAGAGAAAUAAAGAACGGAUUUGAAUAACGCCAUUAAAAAGCAUUUAUUUUCUUGCUGCUGGAUACUGGAUGUACUAGAAAUUUAUAGAACAUGCCGCUUUCAUUUUUAUGAUUCAUACUUGUUG